AUGAAGCCCCAGAUGAAGCAGAAGGCUCCCUUGAAGAGCCGCAACCGUGGCAUUAACGGCGACGCCAAUGGUGCCGGCGCCAACCCCAACCAGCCCGCGGCUGUCCCAAGGAUGCUUCGCCGCACCACGCGUCAGUCGUUCAUGGACGUCGAUCUCCAGUAUAUGCUACAAUGUGAUCCCAAUACCCCAGAUCCGUUCGAGAACUCGUCCCCACUCCUCUCCGACCCCCCCUCGCUCUUCCGUCCUCUGCCUCCGGUCGCCGCUGCGGCACAGGCUAUUGCCCAGGGUGCAGCACCGUGGACCUUCCACGAGGCUGCACGACUGCAGAAGGAACAAGAGGACCUUCGAGUCCAGUACCUUCAAUUCCUUCGCCAGCUCCAGGUCACGAACCCGCAUGGCUUUCUCGCGCAUAUGAACACGUUUGCGACCGAGUACCCACAAGAGUUUCUGCAGCUGCAAUCGUACAUGAGGUUCCAGGAGCAAUUGGCACAACAGCAGCGCGACCAGCAGCGCAAGCAAGAAGAGUUAGUUCAGUACCAAAUCGAGCUUGAGAAGCGUAAUAAGGCAGAGCAAGACCUCCGACAGUUCCAGCAGUUCCAAGAGAUGCAGCAGAAGUUGCAGCAGCAAGAGAGGCAGCAAACGUUGCUUCAGGAGUGGCUGGUACGACGACAGCAGCAACGGGCCCAGCACCGGAAGGAGCUUGAUCUGGCGGAUUUGUUCACAUUGGCCUUUCAAAGAGACCAUCAGCUGGUGAGCAAGGUCACGUCGAGUCCGGGAGGGAUGGAUUUGGUGUUGACGCCUCAACAGCAGUUUGAGUUUGGACAAUUUUUGCAGGCGCAUCAGAAGGAGGAGGAGAGGAGGCAGAAGGAAGCCUCGUUUGGGAACUUUGCGUUCCAGAGCUCGCUCGCAGGUCCAAGUUCGAAUAUCGUGCCUGAUUUGAGCUCGAUUUUUGGAGCGGCAAUGUCUUCGAAUGGUGGGUUCGACAGACCGGCUGCCGUCACUGUGAACGAUAACCUUCGACGGAGCAGCCGCAACCACAGUCGGCGAUAG